CGCGGGAACGACCGUGAAACAGCGCGUGUUGGGCCCACUUUGCUUAGGGCCUCGCGGGAACCUUCGUGGUUAAACGCUCUCUUCUUCUUUUUCUCUCUCUCUCUCUCUCUCUCUCUCUCUCUCUGUCCUUUCCCCUCGAUCUCUCCCUUUCUCUGUCUCUCUGGAGAAAUUAAUUUGCGGUGGGAAUCUCGCGGACGACGCGCUCGUUAGAUUUCCCUGAAAGCACUUGUCAUCCUCUAUUGUCCGCGAGAUCGGCUGAAAGUAUAAUACCGCUCAAGUACAACGCGCCAUCCUCGAUCUUCCUGUCAAAAAGGAUAUGGAAAUGCAUUUCCUCUAAUUAGUCGCACGUCACCGUGGAAUUCUGGGACGAAAGUCCUAGCCGCUAUUUUCGCUUGUUUGCCUUCUCCGACACAGCUUUGACAGUCGCUACCGAGUAUUUUCGACGCCGAUGCGACAUGGAAUCGGGAGUCGACAUGAUGAUUUUAUAGUUACAUAACGCAGUCAGUUUUCGAGGUAUUCGGCUGGCUUGUUUAAAAUGAACCGCCCUGUAUACAUAUAUGUAUAUACAUACACACACACACAUAUAACGGAUCGGGUUGCACUCUGCGGUAUCGUCUAGACCUCACGAAAAUCCCACGUGGAGAGCGUCCGUCCCGACAGCCGAGUAACGAGUUGGAGGAUUAAACAAAGCGAUUGCACUUAGCACGGUCUCUCGCGCCCUAAGAGCGAUCCGAAUUUCCAAUUAAAGUGCCGCAAGUGCCGUGUGGCAACUUAUCUGUUAAGUGCCGCGCCAAGGCCUCGUAUAUCAUUGUUCAGUCCGGGAGAUCCGGGCAAGAAGAGCCGAGUCGCCGUCGCGUCGCGGAUUUCCGUCCGAAGGAUCUCUCCGACGCGAAAAACAGGAUCCGCGACGACGACGACGACGACGAAGACGACGACGAAGACGACGACGUUGACGACAACGACGGCAGCGGCGGCAGCGACGACGACGAUGAUGACGGCGCGUUCCAUCAACAAAACCACUCACAUCUCUGCGUCAUUCACGGCGCGCUAGGCUGAUGAAUGUUUUAUGAAUUACACGCUCGGCAAAACCCCGGGACUCCUCUCCGACACGACGUGAAGGAGCUGAUAGCGUGCGCGUCGUAAAGGAUCGAGACGCGAAGGCGAGGCGAGGCAAGGACGUCUUCUACUCGCCUCGCUUCCACGAUGGAACGCGCCGCGCGUUGUCGUGGAUCCUCGCCCUGUCGCCGAGAAAAAAAGUAGACAAUAACGCGUUUCCGUUUUGCUUCGUGAUCGAGAAACACCGGGAGAAACACUGAGCGAGACGACAACGACGGUGAAGACCACGAGGUCUCACAAUAUGCAGCAACAGUAACAGCACCAAGUUCGAUAAUCUGACGAUGGGCAGACGGACGGGAAUCUGAGAGUUCGUAGAGCGCGAAACACCUCGUCGCUGGAGCGCUGGUCGUCCGAGCCAAGUUUCGCGAGAUGACGGAGGCUUGCCCCGCGAAUGGAUCCAGGAUAAAGGGUGCGUAGGACUCGGCCGGCGCGCAGAGGUACACCAGGAACCGGAUCCAGCAUGGGGAAGUGUUGCAGCAAGCGGCAAGAGCCUCAGCCGAUCGGUUAUAAGAAGGCGGACGCGGGACUCAGUUCAAAGCACAGCAAUGGAGGUUCCUUGGACCGAUACACUGCCGACCCGAAUCAGAGAGGCGUGCAAGCCCGGGCGGAUAUUAUCCGGCCGAGGCCGACACCCUGUAAGCUACUGAUACCGCAUCAACCCCGUAAAACGAGUCCGUCUGCAUCGCACUCACAAAGGUCCAACAAGAUCGUGGUGGCUCUAUACAAUUACACAGCGCGGGAAAGCACCGACGUUAGUUUCGUGAAGGGCGACCGAAUGGAAGUCUUGGACGACUCCGAGCCAGAUUGGUGGAGAGUGCUGCAUUUAACGACCCUGCAGGAAGGUCUGAUCCCAUGGAAUUUCGUGGCUGUGGAACGUUCGAUCGAGAGCGAAGAUUGGUUCUUCGAGAAUGUGUCGCGCAAGGAGGCAGGCACGCUGCUCCUGGUCGACGAGAAUUCUCGUGGUACCUUCUUGGUGAGACCGAGCGAACACAAUCCCAGGGGCUACAGUCUGUCGGUGAAGGACUGGGAGGAGGGCAGGGGCCAUCAUGUGAAACACUAUAAGAUUAAGCCGCUCGACAAUGGCGGCUUCUUCAUCGCCACCAAUCAAACGUUUCCCAGCUUGCCGGCUCUCGUUAUGGCGUACAGCAAAAACGCGCUGGGCCUCUGCCACGUGCUGUCGAAGCCUUGCCCGAAGCCGCAGCCAGACAUGUGGGAUCUCGGGCCGGAGUUACGCGACAAGUGGGAGAUCAAUAGGAACGAGAUCCAGCUGAUUCGGAAACUGGGUCAUGGCAAUUUCGGUGAGGUGUAUUACGGCAAGUGGCGAAAUAAGACCGAGGUGGCGGUGAAGACACUGCGUCCCGGGACCAUGUCGACCGAGGCGUUCCUACAGGAAGCGGCGAUCAUGAAGCAGUUCCGACACAGGCACCUGGUCGCGCUUUAUGCGGUCUGCUCGAAGGAGGAGCCUAUCUACAUCGUUCAGGAGUACAUGUGCAACGGUAGCCUGCUGGAUUUCCUGCGCACAGGAGACGGCAAGUACAUGCAGUUCGAGGAUCUGAUCUACAUCGCUGCCCAAGUGGCGUCCGGUAUGGAGCAUCUCGAGAGCAAGCAGCUCAUACACAGGGACCUGGCGGCGAGAAACGUGCUGAUCGGUGAGAAGAAUAAAGCAAAGAUCUGCGACUUCGGCCUCGCCAGGGUGAUCGAGGACGACGAGUACUGUCCGAAGCAGGGCAGCAGGUUCCCCGUCAAGUGGACCGCGCCGGAGGCGAUCGUCUACGGCAGGUUCAGCAUCAAGAGCGACGUCUGGUCGUACGGGAUCCUGCUGAUGGAGCUCUUCACUUACGGACAAGUUCCUUAUCCGGGCAUGCACGGUCGCGAAGUGAUCGAGCAAGUGGACAAGGGCUACCGCAUGCCGAAACCAUUGAAUCAUCCGCUGCCCGACAGCAUCUACCGACUGAUGCUACAGUGCUGGGACGCCAGCCCCGAGAAGCGACCCACGUUCGAGUUCCUCAAUCACUAUUUUGAGUCGUUCAACGUCACUAGCGAAAUACCGUAUCUUGAACCGCCGACGGACUGAUAUACAGCCCAUAUGCAAAGCCACCUGCCACCACACCGUCACUUUCACCCAGCCCACAUCAACUGUGCCAUGGAAUUUUAUGGUAUUUACUGCUAAGUAAAUUAUUAGCGCGCGCGCGCAUCUCGCCGCCCUCAUCGGAAACUUCGCGGACUGGGAAUGUACCGCUUUCGCGCGGGGAAAAAGAGUUCGAAAGAUAGAGGGAGAGAAAGAGAGAGACUCGUGUACUUCGACGACGCUUCGCCUCGGCGUUUUUUCCACCGCGAAAUUUUUCUACGACCAAUCUUUGCGAAAGAGACAAAACGAAAUGAAGAAGAAGUACACAGUACCGCGAACUCUCUUUCCCGUCUCUUUGCCCUUGUAUGUUCUCGGUGUUUUACCGAGGUGUUUAGCACCGAAACAUCAAAUAGAUUACGGAAGUCGGGUGUGCCAUGGUGUUUUGUUUUUUUCUCGUGAAACGCAACGUAAACCGCGCUCGCGAGAACGUUGACAGAAUUUUAAUCUUCAUGACCAAUCACGCGUUAAUCGUUAAUAAACGUAGCAAUCGAGCGAGGAAACCAUCCGCGAUCGAGGAUCGUGGUUAUUAUUCAGCGGCGAAUCGCGUUUUAGCCGCCCUUACUGCCCUCCCCCUACCCCCGUCCUCCUCCUGAAAGCCGCGACCGAUUAAGCGUGUUUUCAUACUUACGACGAUAAACAACAACCAAUAAAGACACUAGCGAUGUUGAUAAGCUUAGGAGCAAACAAGUCAUGGUAUUAGAGAAUAAACGGGAAUAAGUUUGGAGAUGAGAAAAAAUUCGAAAUUAUAUAGAUUAUACAACAUAAUCGUAUAUUAGUAUGUUAGCGUAUGAUUACGAGAUACACGUAGUGUGAGCGAGCGAAAGAGAGAGAGAGAGAGAAAGAGAGAUAAAUUGUGUGAGUGUGUGCGCGAGAGAGUAAGUACUUGUAAACGCGUGUGUUUCCACGAGAGUAUGUUGCAUUUUUGCGUCUCUCAAUUGAUCUCGGAUCGGUCACAUCCGAAUUUUCCUAAAGUCCAAGUUUUGGAUGUAGUCCUCGGAGCGAAGAGAGGAAGAGAAACGCGAUGGCAAAACGGUUACCGCGUGCGUACCGUUCGCAGAUGCUUUUGACAUGCGUAAAUUACGAAGUGGGAGGGCUGGGCGUGCGAUCCGCGACGGAGGAUCAGUGUCGAUCGAUCUUUUUGCAUGACAGGUCCGCCGAGAAACCAGCUACGCGAAUCAAAAGGGCAUCGUGUCGACCCGAACGAACGCGGUGACAUCGCCGCGCGUAGCUGCGAGCGCGUCGACAAGGAAACUUAUUUUCAAAUACGAUAUUAUCGUCGUUCGACGAUACUUUAUUCUCCUCCUCAAUUGCGUAUCGUAUGUAUACGAGUUGUUGUAUCUUUCUCCUCUUUUACGUGCGCUUCGCCUGUUAUUGCCACGCAAUAAUAAUUCCGUUUCGGUUGCAAAACGCGCGCGAACGGGCACAAGAUGUGAUCGCGAGACUCCAGGAGGAGGUCUCUCCGCUGCUCGGCCGGGAGUCUCGUCUCGUCGCGUAAGUCGACUGUCGGGAGUGAUUAAUUGCGCGCAUCUACUCGAGAGUUUCGCUCUCCGAGAACGCUUCUCAUCGAUCGAAUGGGACUCUCGAGCGCGAGCCGCGUCCGCCAGCGACAGAUCCGUUCUCAGCCUGCGCGGCGCGCGGUGACUGUUAGCUUCCGACCGAUCAUUUUGUUCUCCGCGAAUGCAUUUAGUGUCGUCAGCAUUUCUAAGCGUAUAAGUUGCUCCAUCGCACGCGCGCGAUUCAACAGCGCCUUCGAGCCUGACUCGAGCAAGCAAGCAAGCAUCUUGCAGAAGCGCAGUGAAUACCUCGCACAAAUUUGCGCCGCUUUUAUUUCGCAGGUCGUUGUGCAGCGUCGUUGCGAGUCACGGCGCUCUUUUUUUUUCAAAACGAGCCGUCGGUCUUGUUGAGGAAAGCAGAAAGACAAGAAGGGUAUAAAGAUUUAGAGUAGAUGAAAGAGAAAAAGAGAGAGAGAGUUACUAGUAUUCGGAUAAGUGCGAGUGCGUGAGUGCGUCUGUGGAAAAGAAAGAAAAAAAAAAAACACAAGAGAAUGUCCCCGAGCCCGGUGUCGCGAUGUUAGACCGAUGCGACAUGGUUUCACGUACGUACACGAGAGAAGGGGUGAAAAAUCGGGAAUGCAAUUUCGGAUAAACUUAAGUCAUCGAUGUUACUCGUACAAAGUGUCUGAAGAAUUGUAAAUUUUCUACUUAAAAAAAGGAAGAAGGAGAAUACAAACGACAGAUUAGAAUAGGAAUCCUUAGAUGAUAGGUGUCGAGUAAUCUUACCGGGAUGAUCGGCGACUCCGUGUGCUGUCUUGGCUGAUCGAGGAGCGUCGCCUCUCGCGAUCCUUCAGGCGUCCGAUUCCCCAAGACUCGACCUUGUCGCCGUCGUCGCUGCGAGACGUGUCAAGCGCGUGAGACCCGAGAUUGAGUCGGUCGUACCGACGUCGGUUAGCGCCGGCUCCGGUUGUCGCUGUCUUUACAAGUAAAGCGUGAGGAAUGGGCCGAGACAGAUUGUUAAUUAGCGCCGCGAGUACCAGAGAGAAGAAACGAUUAAUAUUGUAAAAACAUCGAAAGUACUGAUCAUGCCAAAAGAACCGCUGUAUCGGGCACUUGAACGGGCGGAUGAAAUGUCGCGCUGAAUGUCUUCGCUCCUCCGUAAUAAGGGAGAGCGACUCGUUCACCGGAAUUGCUCAACUCAAACUGUUGGCGCAAUCAUCUAGGUCGACUCGGCUCGAAUGCUGCAACGCAAUCGUGCACGCGGUUGACGGUGAUUAAUCUUUUUCCUCUAUUCGCGUGGCGAGCAAAAUCACAAUCUGAGAGGAAGUGUUAGAUGAUCAGCUGAAGCGGAGGGGUCGAAGUUACCGAGAUGCAAUGUUAGAAUGUAAUUCCAAAAUCCCGCCGCCUCGAAAGUGCCCUCGACACAGCGGUCGAGCGAUUUUUCCUUUUCUGUCCGUGCAUCGUUGAGAGCGAUUCGAAGCAACGAACGGGGUCAAAGGACCGCUGACCGGAGCCCGGCGCGCCAGGAGCGUCGGUGCGAUCGAUUCCCAAUGUAUACAUUUUAUUGUGUCACGAUAAACAUGAUGAUGAGCCAUUACGAUACGAUAGAUAUUAGCGAUUUAAAGAGUGGAAGCAGUGGACGAGUGCGUUGCGUGCGCGUAUGCGAGCGUAGAAAAUUGUUACAUCCGUGUCAGCGCGAUCGUCUCUUCACGCGCGCGCGUCUCGCCGAGCGCGGAAGUGUCGCGGUGCGAAAACAACACGUCGCCGUCGCGACGCUCGAAAAUUCGCCGAUCCGACACGACACGAGAAUCUUGUAGAAGCAUCUUGUCAGACGUCUCAAUUCCGGGAGUGUUUUCUCGGACGUCUCGCGUCCGCGGUGGUCGCACAAGUCCGUCUAGAUCUGUGCGGCCGAUUCGAUAAGAGAGAGAAUCCUUGAUAACUUAUAUUUUGUGAAGUUUUACGAGGCUCAUAAACGCGGCUCUGAGCAUCUCUUCGACAAAGAAAGGAAGCCACACGAAACAAAGGCGCGGCACGGCAAGACGGCCCGCGCGAAGAGGCGUUCGCGUUUACGUAGCGUUUAGAGAAUAGGUAUAUUACGUCCAGUACAUUUUUUCUAUGAACGUUUUGUACCAAUGAACUUGUUUUGACGAUCAUGAUCGCUGCCGUAGGUCGUAGUUUAGAAAUACGUAGAGUUCGAACCGAUGUAAUAUUGACAAGAACGUUAGCUGGCCAACAGAAACGUCCCGAGAGACGUCGACGAGGAACUCACGGGAGUUCUCCUUUACGGGACUGCGAUUUCCUUCGAACGUCUCGACGACUCCUCAAGAGGGAAGUCUGAGAGAAGACGGAGAGGUCCUUUGGGAAGCCUCAAAACAUCUGAAGGAUGUUUGAGACUUGAGGCAUUUAAAGUUUGUCCAAAAGGAAAUGAGAAUCUCUCUUGGGUGCUUUUCAGUCGUUUUCGCGGCGUCCAAGAGAUACGCCGAAAAAGUUGAGACGCUUUCAAGCGUCUCCUUAUCAGGGGAGUCCCCAAAGUUCUCGCGAUGUCUCUUGGACUUUUGUGUUGUUCAAGGUGGAAGAGCGACGAGUUCGAGCUAUCCGAAAAGCGUUCGCGUUAUGUGGUAUCUUCGCGUAGAUUGUUUCAUUCGGAUCACAUUUGGACCAUGUAUUUACAAAUUAUCGCGGUAAAGGCGUCACGGCCUUUUUCCACUGAAUCUAGAGACUGAUAUCGUUUAAAUAAAGCCCACGCGCGUUGUGCUUUCGAACGUAUUUCACUCGGGAACCGUGCGUCCGAUUGCUCGCGAGUUCGCACAAAACCAUCUUCUCAUUACUUUGAUCUCUGACUGACAGACUGUCGUUGCACGUGUCGUUACACGCGACAGAAAAGAAAAGCGCGCGUCAAUCACCCCGAGCGUCGUGGAAUUCUUUACUCCCGGACGGUUGGUUUUCACGUGGACACACCUGCGCGUAAUCGCCAAACGGAACGGUCAGAGUAUCUCGCGAUCAUCGCGAGAUCUUGAAGCUCGUGGAAAGCCCGGAAAAACCGAGCAAACGAUUAAAACGGCCGUCUCUCGGACGUAUCGUUCCCGCUGUCUUUUAUUUGCAAAUGACGACGUUUGAAUUCACGGCGACCUAAGGGCGAGAUCAGCGGUUUCACACGCACUGCUAAAACGUACUUAAAAAAAAAAAAAAGAAAACGAAAGAGAACCUGUAUCGCGCUCC